AUGGCCUCUCCGGUCCGUCCUGGGUCCCAGGGGUCUUUUGCGUCGCCCGUCGCAAGUUCGCCUUCCACUGGAUAUCCUUUCCCAGAUGUAUCUAGGGUCCCAUACGGUACACCGAGAGGGACCCUGCGACGCGGCUCGACAGCAAGCUCGAUAACCAGCAUAGGAGGCGCGUUGGAUACUGGUUCCGUCAAUGCUACAAUCGCGGAGACGGGGCAGAAUGCGAUCUCCACAUUGCUUCAACACCCGAUUCUACGGACCGGACUUCAAGCAAGUACUGCUGUACCGAAGUCGGGCUACAAGGCGCCCACCCACCGCGAUAUCCCUCCAGUUGCGCUGACGAAUAUUCCCCAUGUCGAUGCGAAAGCCUUCCAUCCGUACUUGGCGCAAGUCGGAUCACUAUAUGAAGCGUUUCAACGAGCCAAGUAUGAGGGCGAAGGAGAGACGUCCUUGUUUCAUCGGGACAAGAAAGAGACGAAAAAUGAAGAGUGGGCUAUACUGAGCAAGCGGCUACAAAGACCUGGCCAUUCUCGCGCGGGAUCUAUGAGCUCGACCCUGUCAACUCCAUUAGAUACACCACAACCAAAGAGGAGACAAAGUGGCCAUCGCCGUCAAGCUGUCACGCCCUUGUCCACGAUCCCAUCUGUCUAUUUUGAAGAGGGCUUCCAUCUAGAAAACCCGAGGACAUUCGAUAUUGUCUCCGAACAUUCGGAAAUAAUCCGUGACCCUAACGGCACUCCUAGUGGUAGAAGGUCGUUGGCAACCAAUGCUAUCCUGCAAGAGAAGCUAUCCUGGUAUAUGGAUACUGUGGAGGUUCACCUGAUCAACUCCAUUUCCACAGCUUCAAAGUCUUUUUUUUCUGCCCUCGGCUCACUCAGAGAGUUACAUGGCGAAGCGGCCGAUUCGGUGGACCGCAUUCAAAAGUUACGAAAAGAGCUGGCGAGGCUUGACAAGGAAAUGGCUAUCGGUGGCCUGAAAGUGGUCAACCUUAAACAGCGGCGCGACAAUGUUCGCCAACUUGCUCAGGCAAUCAUGCAGCUUGAAGAUAUUGUCAAGGCUGUGCAAGGCUGUGAAAAGCUGGUGGAAAAAGGAGACAUUGACAAGGCUUUGGAUAGCUUGGACGGGGUGGAAGCGUUGAUUGCUGGCAGGGAAGUAAGGGUGCCCCAAUCCAGCGACCCCCAAUACCCACGACGCGAUCUCCGCAGAAUCAAGGCGCUUGAGGGUGCCUUUGACGACUUGAACCAGUUGCGGCACAGAGCUGGGCGCGGUUAUGAAGCCCGAUUCCACACCAGCCUGUUGACGGACAUCAGGCGACAUGUGGAACAAACAGAGACUGGUGCAACACUCCAGAGAUGGGGUGCCGCGUACACAAGACCGAGGCCCGGUCAACGGAGAGCUCCGUCGAAUUUCCCAGGAUACAUGAACUUGGGUUCUGAAUUCCGGGCCGAGCUUGAAGCUGAGAUGAAGGGUCUUUCGAGGGCCAGAUAUACCACGCCCGCAGCAACCACUUUUCGCGCGCUUGUCCUGCGAGAAAUGAAAAGCAUGAUCCGGAAGCAGUUGCCGAGCUCUAAUGAGGACGACAAUGUUUCCACCGUCUCAGCCUCGACCGUGGGUGGCAGGCCAAUGAGCCAGCAGGAGAAAUCGUCCAUUUUAGCCAGAAAUCUCCGAGCCCUGGAUGCAGAUGAUUGGUAUCACAUGUUGGCUACCAUCUAUACCAACAUUAGCGAGGGCCUCCGCCGCCUUAGUGUGCAGGUCAAAAUCCUUCUGGACAUUACCAGUACUCUACCUGAUCACAUGCUUCAAUCGCCUCCAAGGAGUCCGGAGCCAGCCAGCAUCGACAAAGUGAUGAGUCCUCCGAUGGGUCGAGCGAGAGCUGCCAGUACGGUCCAAGCGGAAAUGCAACAGGCCCUUGAUCUUUCAAGUCUGCUGGGUGAAGGGGUCGACCUCGUACAGGCUCAGAUCACCAAGGUGGUCAGAGUGCGAUCGCAACAGAACGCGGAGCUGCCACUUCCCGACUUUUUAAAGUACUUCACCCUCAACAAGUUGUUUACGGACGAGUGUGAGGCUAUAUCAGGUCGCAGUGGUGCUGCUUUAAAAACAGUCAUCGACACUCAGAUCAAAGAUUUCGUGGCCCAUUUUGGGGAAUCACAGAAACACGACAUCAUCAAGGUGAUGGACAAUGACAAAUGGGACGCAAAAGACUUUGGUGAGCGAGAAAGCGAAAUCCUCGGUCGCGUGAUGCAGGGCAGCACCAGCGAUGCACUUGCAUGGAUCGAAAGUACGAUGAUCUGGCAGAGUGCGCCCAAUGGCUCUACAGCGAGCAAUGGUGCUGCGGCGAAUGGGACGUCUGGAGCUCCUACGAAAGUGCGGAGUGCGGUGGUGGAUGAACAGAAGUAUAUCCUCCCGGAAUCUGCUCUUGCCAUGCUUCGAUCCAUGGAAAGCUUCGAACACCUGGCCACCGGCAUCCCUAGCAUGAGUCACGACGUGGCCACAUUGUUCUUGGAGAGUCUGAAGUUGUUCAAUUCACGCAGCUCGCAGCUCAUCCUGGGAGCCGGCGCCACCAGGAGUGCGGGAUUAAAGAAUAUCACGACGAAGCAUCUUGCCCUCUCAUCACAGGCACUUAGCUUCAUUGUGGCGCUGAUUCCAUACGUGAGAGAAUUCUUCCGGCGACAUUUGCCCUCGUCGGCCGCACCGCAGGUCAUGAACGAGUUUGACAAGGUCAAGCGUUUGUUCCAGGAACAUCAGAACGGGAUCCACGAGAAGCUGGUCGACAUCAUGUCCGGCAGAGCGUCUAUGCAUGUCAAAUCGAUGAAGAAUAUCGACUGGGAAGAAGCGGCGAAGAAUAAAGCCACUGCGGUGUCGCCGUAUAUGGAGACAUUGACCAAGGAGACGGCCACCUUGCAGAAAGUGUUGGCGAAACACUUGCCGGAUCCUGUGGUGUCGGGAAUCAUGACACCGGUCUUUGCCAGUUAUCGAGAUCAAUGGACAAAUGCGUUCAAGAAUCUCACUAUCAACUCGCAUGCCGCCAAAGAGAGGGUCCUGGCCGAUGCGAAGUUCUUCAAUACCCGGAUCAGCAAGAUCGAUGGGGCGGGCGAUCUGGGCGAACAUAUUGUCAACGUGGUCCAGGCGAAAGAAGUCUUGAAUGCAGCUCCUCCUCCUCCUCCUCCUCCGCCUUCUGUCGAGCCUUCUGCAACGACCUCGAGUGAGGCGACAGAUCAGGAGAAGGCGAAACAAGAGGAAGACGGAGCGAAAGCACCCGAAGCGCAGGAGAAGGAGGCAGAGAAAGAGAAGAUGGGGGAGGAGCAGGCACAGGCACAGGCACCAAGCCAGACCCAGGAUCAAACCCGAACAUAG